AUGGAGGCCUUUGUGGGCGAGCUCAUGAAGAAGGCAGCUUGCCAUCAGCCAAGAAGUAUCUGCCGUUUCCGUGUGGCUGUCCGAGCAGAGGCUCAACUGCGUCGGAGGCUGAAGACUGAAAAUCUAGUGAAAAUCCAGCGCAGUAGCUCCUGGUUUGGGACCAUCUUAGAAUCAGUGGGCAACUUUAAAGUCUUCAUUGAUGAUCCCAACAGCAGCUUUGUGGAGGCCAUUGAUGAGGCUGCAGCUGCCACUUCUGUGAACAAUCUGGGAAGCCAGCAAGCCUUGAAUGCAGAUUACCUGGGUUCUGAGUAUCAGCGUGGACAGCUGUACCCUUUCCCCCUCGACAGUGAUGCCCACAGGGCCACAUUCGCGCUCACAAAUUCGGUUCCAAUGACCCUGUCCUUCCAGGAGCGGUGGUACGCAAAUCUCCACAGCCUGAUGGACAGAGCCUUGCUCCCUCUCUGUGGCGAUGGGGACGAUCUGUAUCUCCUUGCUGGCGCGGUGCCUUCCGAGCGCAGAGUUAAAGACAGAGUGACAGUGCCUGCUUUUGUGUGGCUGGCGGCCUGCUGCGCCGUGCCUGGGGAAGGCUGGGCCAUGGGCUUUGUCAAGCAUGUCCGGGACAGUGACCUCAUAGAAGACGUGAUGGUGAGAGACCUUGAGAAGCUGCUUCCCUCGAGCCCUCAGCUAUUUCAGAACAACUGUGGCGAGCCUGAACAAGACACAGAGAAAAUGAAAAAGAUCUUGGAAGUGGUUAACCAGGUCCAGGACGAGGAGCGGGAGGUGCGCUCUCAAGAGAGCUCUGCUCCCCUCUCCAGCACCCAGAGCGAGGCGGGUGCGCUGUUGGUGCCAGAGGCACCUGAGGAAAGUAGCAGCCUUUUGGGGAAAGUUCUGGGGCUCCUCGCUACCCCGGUCAUCAAGCUUUUCCAGUUAGUUUAUUACCUGGGGGUAGCAGUUCUCAAGAACAUUGUCUGCUUGCUGUGGUGUGUUACCAGGCAGGUGCUCAGCGGCAUAGGAAGCUGCCUUUCCUGCCUGGGCUCCGCCAUUGUGUCCUACUUGGUGGCCAUUGGACAAGAGCUGCUGAGCAUCCCCUGGAAGGUGCUCAGGGUCGUGGGGAAGGUUGUCCGGGCCGCACUCCGGGUCCUUUGCUGCCUGCUGAAGGUGGUCUGCCGCGUUCUGGGUGUGCCCGUGUACAUCGUCCUGGAUGUGGCCACAUUCCCUGUGUACACCAUGGGCGCAGUCCCAGCGGUUUGUAGGGACAUUGCUGUCGGCCUGGGCGGCGCCCUCUCUCUGAUCCUUGACGCUGCUUUUGGCACUAUGGGUGGCCUAUUUCAGGUGGUUUUUAGUGUCUUCAAGCGGGUUGGCUACAAGGUUACUUUUGACAAUUCUGGAGAAUUAUAGAACUACAAAGCUGAUAUUGUAUAGUCACAGUGAAUUUAAUAUUUUAAUAGGAGAAGCCGGAGUAUUUUGUUUUUACAGUAGAUUUCUAUUCACUGUCAGUUAUUAUGUUUUCAACCUUUAUUGGGGGUGUUUGCCUGUUUUUGCAGAGGAAAAUAGCAUAAUUUACACUUGGCCUAAAAAUGCUCAGAACGGGACUUAGUAGUUAGCUGUGCACGUACAGUUAUGUGUGCAGACUUCCAGCCUACUAAUAGCUUCAGUUAUUCAUUCUGAGACAGGUUGAAACCACUGAAACAUUCUGGUGUUAACUUGUGGUAAUUAGAAGUUUCAUCUGAGGGAAGAAUUAGAAAGAGGACAAGGUCAAAGUAAAAGGUCCCCGAGAAAAGGAGAAAGGAAUCUUGUUCAUCCCUUUCUUCCCUUGAGACUUAAGAUGGAAGAGAUCCACGUUUCGGUGGCCAAUUUUGUAGCAUUUGCUCCUCUUCACCCCAACUCAGGUGACUUUGGUGAAGGCAGAUGCUUGUCUGUUGAAGUGACUUCCUUCUGCAUAUGGACUCUGCUAGAGCUCAUCGCUUCCUGUGGUUCUCAAGGACUUGUUAGAUUUAUAUUUUCUUCCAAAAUUGAGUUUUGCUGCAUUUUUCUUUGAGGUAAUUAUAAGCACCUUAUGCCUGUGUGGCAUAACGAAGUUGGAAUGCAGGCUUGGAGUAAAUAGUCCUCGUAGCUGUAAAAAGGGAAAGUGCAGGCGCCAGCCCUGCCCUUGGAGGCAUCCGUAGCCAAGCUGGACUAACUUGACUUACACUGAAUCAAUGGCUGAUAACUGAGCUCGGAGAGCUCCAUGAGAAGGGCAGUAUGAGAAUUCGUAUUCUGCAGCGUACACGAUCUCCCUGAUGCAUCAGAUGCGUACCCAGAGCGGUAAAAUGCUCUCAAGUGACUGUUUUCACAGGACUAUAUAGAAAAAAGACACAAAAUAAAAGAUAUUCUGGCUAUGUUAGAAAAAGAUGUGUCUAAAGAAUUUAAGAACAUUAUUUCCCAGGAGCUUAUUUUUAUUGAGGCUAUAAAGCAUGAUUAUUAAUGAAAAUUAAAUUUGGGAGCUAAUUCUUAAUUUUUUGAUCAAGCACGUGUCAGUUUAAAGUGUGCACUAAAAAUGAUAACAAGAGGAAUCAAAUUUUACUUUGCCUUCCACAGCUGGGAUGGAAUCGCCAGAACUUUUCUAAGUGCUCGGAAGGGCCGCUGUAGGAAAGGGCUGUGUGGAUUCUGAUCUUGGAGCCAUAGCCCGUGAUGAAAACAGUUGAGGGUCCAGCAAGGGAACAGAGAGCAGAGUGGCACCCAUGUGUUUGGGGCUGGUGGGGGAGGGGUAUGAGUGUGACAAGAGGCCCCCUUGCAGCAAGAUUGUUGCCUUACCCCAGAGUGGCGUAGCGCCAGCACGCUGGCGUGCUGCUCAGCUCAGGAUCCAAUCGCAUGGAGGAGUCUGAGCCCCGGCUUGUCUGUGCUAACAACAGACUGAGGUGCACUGGUGUUCUCGAGGACCCCAGGCAGUACUUCCUAACUCUGCUUUGGGGAAAUGAAGGGGGAGGGUUGGCUUUGGGUUCAGUGGGUUCCUAAUGCCGCUAGACGAAAGGAAAGACUUAGAAGUGGCCGCAGACAGCCUGGCCCUCCCGUGUCUGCCGAACCUGACACCCAGGGAAGCCAGCUCAUGGCCCUGAGCGGGUCAGGAGCCACUACCCCCGCCACACACCCCUGGGACGUCUGCUGAGGAGGUGUGUGCUGCGGCUCUGGACUGUCUGCAGGGUGUUCUUCACGUGUCACACAGAUUCGAGGCCCUCAGCGAGCCACUGGAAUUGGCACGUGCGACGAAACGCCAUCCUUGCCUGGGGCCUCCUUCCCUCACAGUUUCCUCAGCCCGUUCUGAGAGGCCCACGGAGGCAUCACGGCAGGUGGGGCCUCGGGGCGCUGUGCAGCGAGCAGGGUGCCCGGACUCCUUUGUGAGAAAUGUCCUCCGCAUCUCACUGGCUGCUCAGUGUCUGUUUAUGCAGCCUGCGUGGUCCUUUUGGACAUCUGGGGAGCCUUAGGGUUGGGCAGUAGAGUCCUGUGCUGUGGAUGGCAGCGUCCGUGGUGCCUCAGGUCCCCAGAACUGGCUGUGCUGGGCUCGGAGCCCCACCCAGCCCUGGGCUACUGGUUUGUUUUCAGGGAGCAACUCGGGUCUUUGAGGUGGAAUUUGGGUGACUGAACCCUGUCUCUGGCUCGAAGGCUUUGCUGUGGCUCUGUUGUGUUUCCAGACCCUGGAGAAGCAGCCAAGUCCGUGUCUGUGGCGCUGAUUGUUCAGCUGUGGAUCAGCCACGCCUCUGGACCUGCUUUUCUGCUGUGCCUGCUCCGUGCCAGCUUCGCCCUCAGCCUCAGCUCUGACGCUGGCUGCACACUGAGGUGGCGGGAGGAGUAGCUGUGAAGCGCGCUUCAGCUCUGUUGCUCCUCAUGCAGCAAGCAUGCGUUUAGUCCUCAAGGCUGCAGAAAUGAAAAAUGCGUGCAUUCCAUCCUGAGGCGUUCGAGAUGGGGUGGGCACAGCCAGGGCGAUCAAGGAAGCCUUAACGGAAUGGGGCAAAACCAACUUGGUAUUUGCAAGCUGUGUACAAUGCUGUGUACCUUGCAGAUGCUCAAUAAAGUAACUACUGGC